AUGUCCUCUGUAUUCGACGGUGCCAUUGGUAUUGAUUUAGGAACCACUUACAGCUGUGUCGGUGUCUACAUGGGCGACAAUGUUGAAAUCAUUCCCAACGAUCAAGGUAAUCGAACCACUCCAUCCUAUGUGGCCUUUACCGAUCAGGAACGUUUAAUUGGAGACUCUGCCAAGAAUCAAGUGGCCAUGAAUCCUCACAAUACAGUAUUCGAUGCCAAACGAUUGAUUGGACGAAAAUACAGUGAUCCAAGUGUUCAGGCAGAUAUGAAGCAUUGGCCAUUCAAAGUCAUUACAAAGGGAGAUGAUAAACCACUCAUUCAAGUAGAAUACAAGGGAGAAACUCAUGUGUUCACACCUGAACAAAUCUCGAGUAUGGUUCUCACCAAAAUGAAGGAAAUUUCAGAAGCCUAUUUAGGUAAAAAGGUCAAAAAAGCAGUCAUUACCGUUCCUGCCUAUUUCAAUGAUUCACAAAGACAAGCCACAAAAGAUGCAGGUACUAUUGCUGGUUUGGAAGUGUUGAGAAUCAUCAAUGAACCCACAGCAGCUGCCAUUGCUUAUGGUUUAAACAAGAAAGGUGAAAGAAAUGUUCUCAUUUUCGAUUUGGGAGGUGGAACCUUUGAUGUCUCCAUUCUGAACAUUGAAGAAGGAGUUUUCGAAGUCAAAGCCACUGCUGGAGACACUCACUUGGGAGGUGAAGAUUUCGAUAACAGAAUGGUCGAAUAUUGCUGUCAGGAAUUUAAGAGAAAGUACAAGAAGGAUAUUCAUGACAAUCCACGAGCUUUGAGAAGAUUGAGAACUGCCUGUGAGAGAGCAAAGAGAAAUUUAUCAAGUGCUGCCAAUGCGACGGUUUCUGUCGAUUCCAUUAUGGAUGGCAUUGAUUUGGACAUUCCAAUGACAAGAGCCAAAUUCGAACAAUUGAAUAUGGAUCUCUUUAAACAUUGCUUCGAACCAGUGAGAAAGGUUUUGCAAGAUUCUGGAUUGGACAAGUCACAAAUUGAUGACGUGGUUCUCGUGGGAGGUUCCACUCGAAUUCCAAAGGUUCAAGAUAUGCUUAAAGAAUUCUUUAAUGGAAAGGAAUUGUGUAAGAGCAUCAAUCCAGAUGAAGCUGUGGCUUAUGGAGCUGCUGUUCAAGCAGGUGUUUUGACUGGAAAGGAGACAAGAGUCUUGUUGAUUGAUGUCACUCCUCUCUCACUCGGUAUUGAAACUGCUGGUGGAGUCAUGACCAAGUUGAUUGAGAGAAACACUACUAUUCCUUGUAAGAAAUCAGAAACUUUCACGACCUAUGCUGAUAAUCAAACAGCUGUCACUAUUCAAGUCUAUGAAGGUGAGAGAACCUUGACCAAGGACAAUCACUUGUUGGGAAGAUUUAAUUUGGAAGGAAUUCCACCUGCUCCAAGAGGUGUUCCAAAAAUUGAAGUCACCUUUGAAAUUGAUGCAAAUGGUAUCAUGAAGGUCUCUGCCAAAGAUGAAUCCUCUGGAAAGACUGAGAAUAUUACCAUUACCAAUGACAAGGGUCGAUUGAGUAAGGAAGAAAUUGAAGAAAUGCUCAAGAAGGCGAAAGAAAUGGAAAAGGAAGAUCAACUUGUGAAGGAGAAGAUUGAAGCAAAGAAUCAACUCGAGUCGUAUGCUUAUCAUUUGAAAUCAUCAAUCGACGAUCCUAAUGUGAGUUCUAAAUUGUCUGCCACUGAUAAGGAUACAGUGAUGAAGGCUUGUGAUGAAGUGACUCACUGGAUUGACAACAAUCCAAAUGCCACCAAGGAUGAAUUUGAGAGAAGAAGAAAGGAUUUGGAACACACUUGUGCUCCAAUCAUGACAAAGUUGUAUCAAGCAGGAGCUGGUCAACCAGCAAGUGAGCCACAUUUCAAGCCCUCUUCAACAGCAGGAACAUCCUCUCAACAAACCUCUCAACCAAAAUUCGAAGAUGUCGACAUUGAUUAA